GGAGGUUUGCCCCUGUGACGUUGCGCUAAUGCGUUGAAUGUUUGGAGUCAAUUAUACAGGAAGCUGUAGUAGACAGCGAGGCCGGACCGAGCCAGGAUGGCUUGCAACGACAUGGAUAAGUCCAGCCUCGAUGAUGGCUGUUGUGAGGGUGAAUACUCCAGUUGUGCAUUAGCCUUGGAGAAAGAAAGAGAUUCGUAUCUGAGCCCGACAGAGAACCCCUCCACCAUCAGUGUCUCUUCUAGUAUCCCCCCAGACCAGCAAGGCUAUGAUGUAGAGUUUGACCCUCCACUAGAGAGCAAGUAUGAGUGUCCUAUCUGUCUAAUGGGUCUCCGCUCGGCAGUACAGACACCAUGUGGACAUCGAUUCUGUGACUUGUGCAUCAGGAAGUCCAUCAGAGACACAGGGCAAAAAUGUCCAGUUGACAAUGAGGUGCUGCUCGAGGAACAGCUCUUUGCUGAUAACUUUGCCAAACGAGAGAUCCUUUCGCUCACCAUCAGAUGUCCUAAUGUAGGAUGCAGUGAUAAAAUGGAGUUGCGCCAACUGGAGAGACACUUGUCUCAGUGCAAGUUUAGCACAGCACCAUGCCCUCAGUGCCUGGAGUCUGUUCGUAAGAGCCAUCUGGAUGAACACAAGAGCCAGCAGUGCUUACAGCGGCUCAUGACCUGCCCUGACUGCGCAGGGAGUUUUGUGUAUGCUAACAAACAGAUUCAUGAACAGAUUUGUCCUUUCGCAAAUACGGUGUGUGAAUAUUGUGAAAUGGAGCUUAUUCGGGAUCAGUUGGCAUUGCACUGUGACACAGACUGUCUGAAAGCACCUGUAGCCUGUACUUUCAGCACUUUUGGUUGUCGUGAAAAGAUGCCGAGAAAUGAACUUGCCCAGCACAUGCAGGAAUUUACACAGAUGCACAUGCGCUACAUGGCUGAGUUUCUGCGUAGCCAAACUCUCAAUGGCUGCCUAACCCCGUCGGUUGCCGCCCAGUCUUCGUCAGACGAACGUGGUGCCUCUUCACGGGUGGCAGAUUCUUGCCAGUGUAAACAGGAGCUGAUAAACCUACGGGAGACAGUCUUGGAGCUGGAGGGUCGGCUGGUGCGUCAAGACCAACAGAUUCGGGAGCUGUGCAUCCACAAUGAAACACAGAAAAACCAGGUCACCGAACUACGCCGAAAGCUGAGCUCCCUGGAAGAGGCCACCCGCGAGCUGGAAGCCCAGCAGUACCAAGGCGUCUACGUGUGGCGCUUGGAGAACUUCUCACUCCACCUGCGCAACCAAGAGGCUGGUCAGCCCAUAGUUCUCCACAGCCCACCUUUUUACACGGGCCGGCCGGGGUACAAACUCUGUCUCCGACUGCAUCUGCAAACCCCCAGCGCCCCUCGCUGUUCCAACUACAUCUCGCUUUUCGUGCACACUAUGCAGGGUGAGUUUGACAGCCAGCUCUCCUGGCCUUUCCAGGGUACGAUCCGACUGGCAGUGUUGGACCAGGUCGAGGGGCAGCACCAUGUGGAAGUGAUGGAGACCAAGCCAGACCUACAGGCGUUCCAGAGGCCCACUGUCCAACGCAACCCCAAGGGUUUCGGCUAUGUUACUUUCCUUCACCUGCAGGCGUUGCGGCAGCGUGGGUUUGUGAAAGAGGACGUGCUGUUGGUGCGCUGCGAGGUCACACCACGAUUCGAUGCAAGCCUGAGGAGGGAGGGGGUCCAACCCCGGGGCCCAGAACCUUCACUUUGAGUUCCUACAUCGCUCCUGCAUUCUCAAGUUCUCAUUGACACUCUGCUGAAAAUACCAACUAAACCUUUUUUUUUUUUUUUUGACUUUCAUUACUUUGACUAAGUAAUGAUGAUUGCAUAACUCGCAAUGCCUGUCUGUUAUGAAAAAUGUUUUAUAUUCAAAUGUUUUGCAAAACAUUUUAGUGCAGUGCAAUCAAUCGACAAACAUCUGUUUGCAAUUCCACUGAAUGUCCUGUCAACCAAGCUAAAGGGUGUAAAACAGUAUGUAAUGGUGCUGCUUAUGCUAAGUGUUAGCUUCUACAAAUCAAUUUCACAAAACUACAUUCAACUGCUCAAUUUUGCUGCCUUACCCACCAAGGGUAAGUGCUGUGAUUUUAAAUAAAAUGUUUUUGCUCUUUUUUUCCCCCAUGAAAUACAUAAUUUUCAUUGAUUUGACAUGAUCUGACGAUUCAAAGCAUCAAUAGUACAGAGCAGCACUGUUUACUGUCGCUCUACUGGAUAUGGUACAUCAACUUCAAAAUGUGCAUAUACUUAAAGGAGUAGUUCACUUUAAAGUCCCUCUAAAGGCAAUUCUAAAUAAAAAUGUAAACACAUUAUAAAUGUUAGAACUGUAUUGCUAAAACAUAUUACUAAGUUUGUGAACUGAAGUAUUUAAUUGUGGAGUUACACCGUUAAACAAUUUUUCACCAUUGCUGUGUUCUGGAUUUUUUGGGGCGGGGUUAAAGCGGGGCUUGAUGAUGCACUGGAGCCCCUGAGCUCGUGGACACGCCCCUACUUGAUGACUCACUGAGGCUGGCCCCUCCCCUAACAAUAUAUCUAGAGCACAUUCACAUCAGUUUGCUGCUCAAACGGGAGUUACUGUCAGUACUAUUAGUUACUACAGCCUACAGUUUGCUAACUAGCUAUGCCUUCGUCACAGAAAUGCGUACUACCUGAAUGCGAUCGAUCACAUACAAAACAAAUCGUGUCCUUAU